AUGUUGAAGCAGUUGCAUAUCAACAUCGCACUUGUGGAGGCACUUGAGCAAAUACCUAAUUAUGUGAAGUUCAUGAAAGAUGUUCUUACAAGGAAGAGAAGAUUGGGUGAGUUUGAAACUGUGGCUCUAACUAAGGAGUGUAGUGCCUUUUUGCAAGACAAGUUGCCUCCAAAGUUGAAGGAUCCUGGGAGUUUCACUAUUCCAUGUACCAUUGGAAACAGUUAUUGUGGGAUGGUUUUAUGUGAUUUAGGCGCAAGCGUUAAUUUGAUGCCAAUGUUUAUUUUCAAUGAAUCAGGGAUUGGAGAAGUCAAGCCUACUACAAUUACUCUUCAACUUGCUGAUAGAUUUCUUGCUCAUCCAGGAUGGGAAGAUUGA